GCACGAUAGGUGGAGCUAUCCCCUGAGCAUCCAGCACUGCGAUAAAGUGAACGCCUGCAGCAUUCGCUUAAGAAAUACUGCAUUGGUGUUAAGAGGUUUAUACCCAGUGACUGGCGACCCAGGUGGGACCCUGCUCCUGAAUCUCGACRGAUCCGUGGGAUYGCAGGACCUCCAACCAGCACCGAGGGAUUCUCGGGGAGAACCUCAGAUCCCCGGACCAAAGAACUCUGAGCAAGACCUCCCUGGACAGUUGCUGAAAUAAGAUACCUCUGUCCACCCUAUGCUAACUGUUGACAUGGAAAACAAGGAAAAUGGCGCUCUGGAUGUCAAAAAAGUGUGCAACAACAGGACAGGGGGGAGACUGCCGAAGUGUAGAAGCCAGAAGAUGAUCUGUGGGCAUAGCUCAGUAGAGAAUGGGAGAUCUCCAGACCCUGCUGACUGGGCUGUUAUUGAUGUGGUGAAUUACUUCAGAACAGCAGGAUUUGAGGAACAAGCCAAUGCUUUUCAAGAACAGGAGAUUGAUGGCAAAUCGUUACUGUUGAUGACAAGGAAUGAUGUGCUGACUGGACUUUCAUUAAAACUGGGCCCUGCGCUGAAAAUCUAUGAAUAUCACAUAAAGCCUCUACAGACACAACAUCUAAAGUACAACUCUUUAUAGCGAAUUGUCUAAUAGGGGUCGUGCCUCAAACAGUAAAUAAGCAAUUUGGUUUCAUGUGGUGGAACUUUGUAAAGAGAGAAUAUAUCUAUUAAGAGUUUAAACCAAAUUACAAUGAUAUAUAUCCUAUUGGAUAGAGUUGGCAAUAUACUGUAUACUAAGUCUGAACUGAGAGAGGUGGUGUGUGUUUUUUCCAUGGUGCGUAACAAUUUUCUCUUUUAGGAUUUGUCAGAGCGCCUGUUGAGAUAGCUACAGCACUGUAUCGAGAGCAAGAGGAAGCUGUGGUCCUUCUCAUUUUAGAGCCAGGCAUGUUUCUGUUUUCAUGAAUUAGAAUACCAAAAGGGAGCAAAAAUAAAGUUUACAUGCAUCUUUGGGAGCGAGAAACAAAUAAAAGUAUGUUCUGGUGCACAUUAAAGACCUACUGAAGUUAUUACUACUUAUGAUUUUGGGAUGGGACUGAGACUUGCCAACUCACCCUUUUUUUGCAGAGGGUCCUAUUUUUGACCUUAUUAAGGUUUACUUGUGGUAUGCUGCAAUGUUUAAAGCUGUAUAUACAACUAACAUAGCCCCUUCGAUAGCAGAAGGCGUUGCUGACAGGUGAAACUGGGUUGUGUAUUUUUUGCUGUCCUUUAAWUUUUUUUCUUGCUUUUACCCGUUUUAUAGUAGUUCUAUG